AUGCCAUUCUUUUGGAGAACAGAUGCUGUUCUAGCUACCCGAAGCUGGGCAUUAAUUGUCUGUGCUAUAGAAUGUGCUUUUGGUCUAAUUUGUCUGUUGGUUUUAUUUAUUUUUGCUAUAUUUAGAAGUAAUUCUCAAUUAUUACGUAUUCAAUUAAUAUUUCAAUAUGUUACUUGUGUUUUUCUACUUUUAAAUGCUUCUUUUAGUUUAGCUGCUGAUUUUGGUGGUUAUGAUGAGGAAAGAAUUUAUGCAAAAAGAGACCCUCUUCUAAUUCGCUUUUUGGGAUUUCUUUCACUUGGAUUUUUGUUUGUCCAACUUUAUUUACGUUUAAUGACAAUACCCGUAUAUAAAUUUUUGAGAGAUUUAAGAAAGUUUCGUUAUGCAAUUUAUGCAUCAAAGUGGAGGUAUCGAAAACGUGUUUAUUUUACUUAUUGUUCUCUAAUGAUGGAUAAUUUACUUGCCGAAAGUAAAAAACAGAAAAAGAAAAAGAAGCACGUAGAUGGUGAUGAUCAAACUUUGCUAACGUCAGAUGAAAACAGUAGUAGUGGGACACUUUUAAAUGUAGUUGUACCUACUUUGACUGGACCAGCAAUAAAAGAAUCAAAAAAGAAAGAAAAAGAAGAAAAAUCAGAAGAAUCAAAAGAAUCAAAUUUAUCCCAAGAAAAAGAAGAGAUUAUUAUGGAAAAUGGAGGGUUGGAAGCAAAAAAAGAGAAAGAUGAUGAUGAAUUAUCUUGGCUUGCAUUAAUUGAAGAAAAAGUAAUAGAUACAGAAGUACAAGUAGUAGAUGAAGGUACUCCAAACACAAUUGGAUCACCAAAUGCUUCUAUACAUGAAAGAUUUUUAGAUGAAAGUGAAGUAAUUAGGUGUAUACAAAAAGAAUUAAAUAAAAAAGCAAUUGAGGAGGGGAAAACAAUUGAAAAUGAAGAAGAAGAAGAAAUUUAUGAAGAAGAAAAUAAUGAGAGAAAGGAAUUUAAAAAUAAUUUUAUUGAAGAAAAUAAAGAAAAAUUAAUUAAAAUGCCUGGACGUUUAAUGAAUAAAAUAUCAAAUUAUAAAAAUGAAAAAUAUCCUGGAAAAAGUAUUAGACAGACUGUUGCUGGCUCUUCAGAGGAAACAGAUUCUAGAUCAACAUAUACAGAUGAAUUACCUACAAAUAGCAGAAUCCAAGAAGUAAAGUCUCGCUAUGUAAAUGAAAAACUACUAACUCGACGUCCUUCCCCUAAGAAAAUGCCAAUAACAAUUCAAACAAAGAAAAAACCUGGGGACUUAUUUUCGGUAAAAAGAACAGUUAAAGUUCAAGUUGAAAUGACUCCAGAAGAAUUGGAAAGUUUAAUGGGAAGAUCACAAGGAACGAUAACAACACUUGAAUGGGAUGUAGAAAAUAAUAAUAAAUAA